GUGGAGUGCGCGCUCGACGCGGGCGAGGGACGGGACUGCUGCGCGUACGCGGUGAAUCUGCGAGCGCACACGCGGGUGCGGGCGGCGACGGACGAGCGCGACGAACCGGGGCUGACGCUGAGCGAUUACAUGCGACUGCCGGUGUCGCAGUACGUGGACGUGCCGCUGCCGCUGGGAGCGACGAUGGCGAGGCUGGGAGAGGGGACGGUGAGAACGGCGACGGCGAGCGAGACGCGGGACGAAACGUUUGAGCUGACGAUACCGGGACUGAAGUUUUUUUCGUUGGAGGUGGCGCCGGUGAUCACGGUGCGCGUGCGGUGCUUGGGGGACGAGGAAACGGUGGAGACGUGGCACGGGCGAGCGUGGGACGAGGGCGUGGACGGAGAGGCGGAGGUGAAGGCGGGACGGAGACCGGAGACGCGGAGAGCGGCGAUGCGGGGGCCGUGCGUGUUGAUCGAGAUAAUCAGCGCCAAGGUCGAGGGGAAGCUCGUGGAGAGCUUGGGGUUGAACGACAUGUUCGUGAAUCGCGGGACGACGGCGUUUAGGUGGCGAUCGAUAGGGGAUGGGAGUUUGGAUGGACCGGCGUUGACGCGGACGGGGUUCGUCGACGACGAAGACGCGGCGAGCGAAAAGGAGAGCGAGGGCGCGUGCAUCAUGGGAUGGACCGAUAUCGGCGUCGGCGUCGAUCCUCCCGGUCCGUUUGCGAAGGUUCCGAAAGGUGUUUCCCAGCGCGUGGGCGACGCCGUGCUCGGAACGACUUUGCGAGUGCUUCAAUCCGUCUUCGUCGGAGGUUUGGCGCAAGACUAUCAACGCUGGGCGUACGACGAAGAGUACAGAAGCGAGCGCGCGAAGCACUGA